AUGUCGUUCGUACGUUCUGUCAUUCCGGAGUUUGAGGCGGCUAAUCAGAAAUAUGCGGCGUCUUUCACCAAGGGGGAUCUACCCCUCCCUCCAGGCCGAAAAGUGGCGAUCGUAGCAUGCAUGGAUGCUCGGCUUGAUCCGGCAAGAGUCCUUGGACUGGAAGAGGGUGACGCUCAUGUGAUCCGAAACGCAGGAGGUCGGACGGUUGAUGGCCUCCGUUCGCUUGUCAUCUCCCAGCAGCUUUUGGGCACACGAGAAAUUGUCAUCAUCCACCACACCGAUUGCGGCAUGCUCACUUUCACGGACACAGAGCUCAAAUCUAAGAUUCGCAAUGAGCUGAGUGAAAAUGCAGACCAUAUUGCAUUUUUGCCAUUCCAUGACUUGAGGCAAAGCGUCCUAGAUGAUAUUGAGGUCAUCAAGAAGAGUCCCCUUGUUUUGGAUGUCCCCAUCACAGGCUACAUCUAUGAUGUUAAGACAGGCAAGCUGGAAAAGGUACAGACAUGA